AUGGCAAAAAAAAGUAAUGAUGUAGAUGUUGAAGCAUUGAAAAAGAAGGUUUUACCAAUAAUUAGAAUUGCUGUUCUUGGACCUAAAGGUGUAGGUAAAACAGCUAUUGUCAAUUAAUUUGUCAAUAAUUCAUUUGAACCAUAAUAUGAAGAAACAGAUGAUGAUAUACGUCGUUAUAAAAAGGUUCAUGAUUUAAAUUGUAGUCCAACUGAUCCCUAAUAUGUUGUAUUCAUUAUAGAGGAUAUGUAAUUGCAAAUUUACACAACUUUAGAUUCCCAACAAAUCAUCCUGAUUUAGUUAGAGAAAGUGAUUUCCUUAAGACAAAUAUUUAUUUUGGAACACUAGAAAAUAGGUAAUAAAGAUUCAAGGAAGAAUAAAAGAACAUCUUAGACUUUGAUAAAUAGAUUUAUGGUUAUAUAUUUGUUUUUGAUGGAAAUUAAAACGAUUCAUAUAAAGGUUUAGAAGAACCUAUAAAAUAUAUAUCAGAAUAUUGUGAAAAGUAAAGAUCUUUUAGUAUGUUAACUACUAAGAAAGUUGUUGUAGCUAAUAAAAGUGAUUUAAUUGAAGCUUAAAAUUAAGAUAAAGUAUUUUCAAAGUGGAAAUCUCUUGAGAAAUUUAAUAUUCCUACAAGAUUUGUUGUAUCUGCAAAGACUGGAUAUAAUGUUAAUGCAGUAUUUGAAGAAAUUGGCAAAUAGAUAUUAUAAGAUUAAAAAUUAGAUAUGAUUGACAAAGCUUGGCUUACAGAAAUGGAUAGUUUAAUUAAUGGAAUUGAGUAAUAUCGAAAAAAAAACAAAAACUCUAAUCAAGAUGAUAAUAAUAAAAAAAAAGGUGGAAAUAAAGGAUUCUUAGGUUGUGGAGAAAAAAGAAAGUAAUUUGUUGCUGAUGAUGUAAUUUAAUAUAAUAAUUAAUUAGGAAGACGAAGAUGAAGAUGAAGAGGAUGAAGAAUUUAAAAAUUUAUAAUAAUAUCCUGGUAUGAUGGAAGAUAAUAAAGAGGGUUGUAAUAUCUUUUGA